AUGCCAUACCCAACCCAAGCUAAGAAGGAGAAGCAGGAAGAGGAGUAUCAGAAGUUUCUAGAUCAUAUCGAUACUCUUCAAAUCAACAUACCCUUCAUUGAAGCCGUUAUGCAAAUGCCCAAAUAUGCAAAGUUCCUUAAGGAACUUCUCACUAAUAAAAGGAAGAUGGAAGAAGUGGAGAAGGUAGUACUCAAUGAAAACUGCUCAGCUGCUAUGCUUAAGAAGCUACUAAAGAAGAAAGGUGAUCCGGGGAGUUUGACUUUACCUUGCCAAUUUGGCAACUUGGCCACCAUUCAUGCCUUAGCCGAUUCGGGAGCAAGUGUGAACCUAAUGCCAUAUUCAUUCUUUAAGAAGCUAGAUCUCCCAGAACCGAGGCCAAUCCGCAUGGCAAUUCACUUGGCAAACAAGACAGUCACCUUCCCAAGAGGCAUAUGCGAAGACAUACUAGUCAAGGUGGACAAAUUCGUCUUUCCCAUUGAUUUUAUCAUUCUAGACAUGGAGGCGGAUCCACAAGUGCCAAUCAUCCUUGGAAGGCCCUUCCUCAACACGACAAGUGUUAUAGUAGACAUGAGGGACUCGAAGCUCACCUUGCGGGUAGGAGAGGAUUCAGUCACAUUUAGGGUAGACCAAGCUAUGAAGUAUUCAAGGAACAGUGACGACACGACAUUCUCAAUUGAUAUGCUUGACAAAUUAUUGGAGGAAUGCAUAACUGAAGAUUCCAGCAAGUUCACAACUGAUGAUGAAGAAUUUGAUCCAGAAAAAGACUUAAUGGAAAUUGAAAGACUGUUGGAAGAAGCAGAUUAUGAAGAAUUGGAUGCCAAGCCAAGACUGAUACGAUGGGUGCUACUUCUUCAAGAGUUCGACAUAGAGAUACGAGACAAGAAGGGAAUAGAGAAUGUAGCAGCUGACCACUUGUCAAGGCUUGAGAACCCGCAAUUGCAAGAAGAUAAAGUUGGAGACGACUUCUCGGAAGAGUACAUUAUGUUGACCGUGGGAGAAGAGCCAUGGUUAGUUUAUGGAAAGCAAUGCCAUUUGCCGGUGGAACUAGAGCAUAAGGCGUUUUGGGCUUUAAAGAGGUGUAACUUCAACAUGGAGGAACUAAAGAGCAACCGGUUGAUGCAAAUGAAUGCUCUUGAGGAGCUGAGAAAUGAUGCAUACUCUAGUUCAUGGCUUUAUAAAGAGAAGACCAAGAUGUGGCAUGACAAAAGGAUUAAAGAUAAAGAAAUUCAUGAAGGCCAAAAAGUGUUGCUCUUCAAUUCACGACUAAAGUUUUUCUCGGGAAAACUCAAGUCAAGAUGGGAUGGUCCUUUUCUAGUGAAGACGGUGUUUCCACAUGGUGCUAUAGAGCUAUUGUCAAGAGAUGGCACGCCUUUCAAGGUCAAUGGGCAUAGGGUCAAAAAGUAUGAAGAAGGAGUCCCCCGGAAUGAAGGAAUGGAAGAGUUGCUGCUGCUGGAAGGGACUGCAACCACGUGGAAGGGGAGGAGUCCAACUAAUGACUCCCUAAAAAGAAGCACUUCUCGGGAGGCAACCUGA